UAAUUUUCCUUAACUCAUUCAUUCCCCAACGGUAACCCCUUUACUCAAGUCUCCUUAUAUAUAAUACAACUCUGCCAGCUUCUUUUUCCAUUCUGUGCCCUCUCAACAAUCCAAAAUCUCAUAACCUUUCCAAUUAAGCUUCUUUCUGAUUCAUUACUCCUUUUCUCUAUUUCUAUAUAUAAAUAUACGAAAACUCUGCAUAUAUAUACUAAUACAUAAUAAUAAUAAUAAUAAGGUUAAGCUAUACCCAAUCUUCAUCUUUUCCAUGGCGUUUCAGAGAUUUCUUCCUCACUUACUCCUACUGGUUUCACUACUUCCAUGCUUUAUUUAUUCUUCUGGAGCUUACAAAUUCACAGUAGGAGGAAAACAAGGUUGGGUUUCAAAACCUUCCGAGAAUUACAAUCAAUGGGCUGGGAGAAAUCGAUUUAAAGUCAAUGACACUAUUUAUUUUAAGUACAAGAAAGGAUCGGACUCUGUUUUGGUGGUGAACAAAGACGAUUACGAAAAGUGUAACACCCAAAAUCCUCUUAAGAAAUAUGAAGAUGGGGAUUCUGAAAUCGAGUUUGAUCGUUCUGGUCCUUUUUAUUUCAUUAGUGGGAAAAACUGUAACGAGGGACAGAAACUAAUCGUCGUCGUUUUGGCCAUAAGACCAAAACCAGGUACUACUCCUCUUCCCUCUCCCGGACCUGGAGCUCGUCCUCCGGUGGCUACUCCCCCAGCCGGGUCAACACCCAUUUCCCCUUUUCCUUCUCCGUCGACAACUCCGGCUUCCGCUCCGUCACCCAAGUCGCAGGCACCUACGUUAGCUCCUUCAUCACCUUCACCAACCUCACAAGCUCCGGCAGGUUCUCCCGCGCAAACUCCAUCGACCUCGCCGUCGCCGGUUUACGAAUCUCCAACUGGGUCUCCGACAAUAUCUCCGGCUGGAGCUCCGUCGUCAUCUCCGCCUUCACCAGCAUCAUCAACAGCUCCGAUUGGCUCACCGGUGCCGUCUGCCAAUUCCCCGGCUGGAGCUCCGUCGUCAUCUCCGCCUUCACCAACUUCCUCUGCGCCAACCCCGUCACCAGAAUCAUCAAUAGCUCCGACAGGCUCUCCUGUGCCGUUUGAAAAUUCCCCGGCUGAAGCUCCGUCGGCUUCAUCGCCAUCUCCGACGUCUCUGUCGCCUGAGCAGCCGACUCCAACCCCAGCAGGGUCUACAGGUUCUCCGCCGGGGUCUUCGCCGCCGGCAUCUGAUAACCAGGUAUCUCCGCCGAACAAGGCGAAUGCUAUGACGAUCCUUCCAUCGAGCUUGUUGGUGUCUUUGUUCAGUGUUCUGAUCACCGUGGCAAUACUCCAUAAAUACUAAUUAAUUUCAAGAAAAAAUAUAUUUUAUUGAUAGGUUUAUACAAUAAAGAAAUUUCAUGUUUUUCUAUUUAAGUUAAUUUUUGUUAUGGACAUUAGCUUGCUUCAUAUUAUUCGAAUUGAUCAUCUAGAUCUUGGAUUUUUUUUUUUUUUUAUAAUAUUUGAGAAUUAUUUUUGGUGUGAUAUUUUAUUUACAUUGUAUAUAUAUUUUUUUUU